AUGGCUAGACGCAAUAAUCUCCAAAGCUUUAGCAUCGCAUCGGUUGUAAUAUUUCUUCUCUUAUGGAGCUUCACCGAUGAUCCAUGGCCGCCGUCGCUCCGCGUCUCACCCUUCCCCAACCCUAAGCCCGACGACUUCGUUUGUCAGCUACAGGAACCGAAGGAUCCGACAUUCUACGAUGAGCCCACGAACAUAUACGCCAUAGAUGUGCCCAUGCUCGAGUGGGACAAAAAGAGAAGCCGUUGGUUUGAACUCCACCCCGCAUUUUCGCGGUCAGAAAAUCGCCUUCUCGUUGUCACUGGCUCUCAGUCGUCGCCAUGCAAGGAUCCAUUGGGAGAUCAUUUCACACUAAGAUUCUUCAAAAAUAAGGUUGAUUAUUGCAGAAUCCACGGCUGCAACAUCUUCUACAACAACGCCUUGUUGCACCCGAAGAUGCGAUCGGCUUGGGCCAAGACGCCGGCAGUUCGAGCUGCGAUGGUGGCCCAUCCAGAAGCAGAGUGGUUGUUUUGGGCCGAUUCUGAUGCUAUCUUCACCGACAUGGACUUCGAGAUCCCCUUCGAGAGGUACAAGGAUUACAACCUCGUGGUCAACGGUUGGCCCAACUUGUUGGUCAAUCGAAGUUGGGUCGCGGUCAACGCGGGCCUCUUUUUGAUACGGAACUGUCAAUGGUCCAUGGAGUUCUUGGAUGUUUGGGCCGGGAUGAGCCCGAAGAGCUCGAACUACAAGAUAUGGGCCCGAGCCGUGAGCUCCACUAUCAAGGAUAGGCUGCUCCCCGACAACGAUGAUCAGAGCUCGCUCAUUUAUUUGAUUUUGAAAGGGAGGAGGAAAUGGCGCGAGAAGAUCUACGUGGAGAAUCGGUACGCGCUGCACGGCUACUGGCGCAUGAUCGUCGGGCGGUUCGACGGGCUGUGCGGCAGGUACGCGGAGCUCGAGGGGCGCCAACGCCGACACGCAGAGGCGGCGGGUGCGGGGUACGCGGCUGAGAGGGGUAGGCACGCCGAAAAGGGGGGAUGGCGGCGGCCGUUCGUGACGCAUUUCACGGGGUGCCAGCCGUGCAGCGGGGACCACAACCUCGAGUAUGACGGGGAGACCUGCAAGGUGGAGAUGGAGAGAGCGCUCAAUUUUGCGGAUAAUCAAGUCCUGAAAAAUUAUGGGUUCGUGCACCCCGACUUAAGGAACGGCUCCCUCAUCAGUCCUUUAUCGUAUCGAUUCGAUCGCUCGAGUUGA